GCGACCGGUCCACGCGGCACCCGCCUCUCCCUAGGCCCCCGCCCUGCCGGCCCGCGCGCGCCCGACGGGAGCGUGCGGGGCGGUGGGCGCAGGGUCACGUUGGGCGGCGUAGACAAAGGCGGGUGCGCGCACGUCCUGACGCAGCCUGGGCCCGCGGCGGCGGCAAGGGCGGGAGGGAGCGGUCGCCGCGGCAUUUGGAGCUGCCUAGCCUCGCGGUCGCCUUACAGAAAAUUCACCAAGAAAUCUGGCCCAAGCUGAAAGAGCUAUAUGAGACCAGUCCCCCACCGACACCCCAUCCGUACCAGCCGGGAGACUGGGUCCUGGUUAAGCGACACCGACAAGAGACCCUAGAGCCCAGGUAGAAAGGACCACUCCAAGUACUCCUGACCACACCCACCACCCUGAAGGUAGAAGGCAUUGCGUCGUGGAUCCACUACACCCACGUCAAGCCAGUGGACCCAACCUCCGACCUUCUGGGGCCAAUCACGGCGGCGGCUGAAGCACCGGACACGUGGACUGUGGACAGAGCUAAGAACAACCCCUUAAAACUCACCCUGCGCCGGCAGCAUAGCUCACUGCAAACAUGCAGUUAGGUAGUCUAACUCUAACAUUAGUCGCCCUAGUGGCCACUGGAGAAAACAUAAAGCCAGCUCCUAAUCCCUUUGUCUGGAGAUUCUGGCUUUAUGAAAACCAAACCCACCCUGGGCAACCUCAUAAGCCCGGGAAAUUAGUGGCCAGUGCAGAUUGCCCCUCCUCAGGGUGCAAUAGCCCAAUUUUACUAAAUUUUACCGAUUUCCCAGUAGCCAAACCAGUGGCACCAAUAAUAUGCUUCGAGUAUGAUCAGACUGAAUACAAUUGUAAACACUAUUGGUGGCACCAAAGUGCCGGCUGCCCUUAUAACUAUUGUAACAUCCAUAAAUACCAAUGGUGGGGUGGAAGAGAACAGAUAGAUCCCAGAUGGCCCUUCCAUCGCAGACGAGAUAGAGACCUUUCAUAUACAUGGAUAGUUAGAGACCCCUGGAACUCCCGCUGGACCACGCCUCAACACGGGGCUGUAUACUCCUCCGCCUCCACAUGGCCUAGCAGUCACCUCUGUCUGUGGUGGGGUCUAGUGCAGGUACAGCCCCUGGUCCAUGGAAAUAUCCAGCGACAAGAAAACCGCCUGACACAAGACUUACGUCCUUUUUCCUGGUUAAAAUUAUUGCAAGAAGGAUUAGAACUUGCCAACCUUACAGGACUUCACAGCGUGUCUGGCUGCUUUCUGUGUGCCACUCUAGGGCGUCCACCGCUAACCGCUGUCCCCCUGCCAUGGGGAUCCUCCACCUCAGCCCAAGCUAACAACCACCGAAACCUCUCAUAUGCCCCUAUCCCUAACGUGCCACUAUACCUAAACCCCAGUCAAGAAAAGUUUCCCUACUGUUUCUCAGGAACUAAUUCCAGCCUCUGCAACAUCACUGCAACGCCCCCUAAUAUCACCUUAAGGGCUCCGUCAGGCAUAUUCUUCUGGUGUAAUGGAACAUUAUCUAAAAACCUAUCAAGCCCCUCUGUUACCAACCUACUGUGUCUUCCUGUCAAAUUAGUUCCCCGGUUAACUCUGCUUACUGCCGGCGAGUUCCUAGGGUAUACCGGUAACUGGACUAGUGCUGUUAUUCACCCAGACCCUAGACCGAGACCUGCACGAGCCAUAUUUCUCCCCCUCAUUGCAGGAAUCUCCCUCACCACAUCCUUCAUGGAGGCCGGACUGGCUGGGGGAGCCCUAGGUCACACCCUUAUAGAAAGUAACAAGCUGUACCAACAAUUUGCCGUUGCUAUGGAGGAGUCAGCUGAGUCCCUUGCCUCCCUCCAGCGGCAGCUCACGUCCCUAGCACAGGGAACCAAGAAAUGCAACAGGACUAGCCGCAGACAAGAACACCUCAGACAUCAAGUUGUAGAAGGAAAGGGCUUUAUUCAGCUGGGAGCAUCAGUGGACUCACAUCUCCAAAAACCGAGCUCCCCGACUUUGGCAGCAGGUAAGCAGCUGUUUGCCAAGAACCCAGGUCACUGCUAAGAAAGGGUGCCUUCGGGAGAAGAGUGUCCAGAGGAAACCAAUGCCAGAUGCAUCUGGAGUUACACUCAGCACUCGCAGUAUGAGACAUUGUGUGCCAGCAUCUCUUUCCUUCUGGCAAAGACUGUAGCUCUCCAGGUAGGAGGAUCCUGGAAGCUGUGAGCACCUGGAAGCUGUGAGCACCAGGAGCCUUGCCAGAGGAGGAUGGGGCCAGAUAUGAACUCUCUACCAUGAACAUGGUUCUCGGCUUAUGAAGGAAUUUUAAGUAAAACAAUUAUUUAAUUUCCACAUAUUCAAGUCAAAAGCCUUCUGUGUGAAGUGCCAGUGAUUACCCCUCCACGGGAGUUAUCAGGAUUUUUCUGGCACCAAGUUUAAUUCUUCUUGGUACUUCUCGUAGUGACAGAUCUGCAGGACAGAUUUAUCUGUUGAAUGCUCUUGGGCAGGAAAACCAUGUAAAACCUCUGGAAGCAGCAUCAGGACAGCAGAGCAGAGCCCCCAUCCUCACUGCUCACUUGCACAGAAACUCCAUCUGGACUCGGAUGCUUUUACUGAAGACCCAUCUAGCUUCAUUCAUCUUUAGAGUCCAUCCGUUCUGGGGAGACCUGGCGUUUGUAGUUGCCUCCUGUGGCCGUGUUUUUCUGUCAUUCUGUUCCCAGGCCUUCUAUUCGGGCGGUUGAAGGGUGUGGACUUUGGAAUGGGGUUUGCUGUUCUUCGGGAACUUGCUUCCUUUCCCUGGCUGGUGCUGUCGGGAAGGACCAUCUGAAGGCUGCAAUUUGUUCUUAGGGAGGCAGGUGCUGCCCUGGCCUGGAUCUUCCACCAUGUUCCUGUUGCUGCCUUUUGAUAGCCUGAUUGUCAACCUUCUGGGCAUCUCCCUGACUGUCCUCUUCACCCUCCUUCUCGUUUUCAUCAUAGUGCCAGCCAUUUUUGGAGUCUCCUUUGGUAUCCGCAAACUCUACAUGAAAACUCUGUUAAAAAUCUUUGCGUGGGCUACCUUGAGAAUGGAGCGAGGAGCCAAGGAGAAGAACCACCAGCUUUACAAGCCCUACACCAACGGAAUCAUUGCAAAGGAUCCCACUUCACUAGAAGAAGAGAUCAAAGAGAUUCGUCGAAGUGGUAGUAGUAAGGCUCUGGACAACACUCCAGAGUUCGAGCUCUCUGACAUUUUCUACUUUUGCCGGAAAGGAAUGGAGACCAUUAUGGAUGAUGAGGUGACAAAGAGAUUCUCAGCAGAAGAACUGGAGUCCUGGAACCUGCUGAGCAGAACCAAUUAUAACUUCCAAUACAUCAGCCUUCGGCUCACGGUCCUGUGGGGGUUAGGAGUGCUGAUUCGGUACUGCUUUCUGCUGCCGCUCAGGAUAGCGCUGGCUUUCACAGGAAUUAGCCUUCUGGUGGUGGGCACAACUGUGGUGGGAUACUUGCCAAAUGGGAGGUUUAAGGAGUUCAUGAGUAAACAUGUGCACUUAAUGUGUUACCGGAUCUGUGUGCGAGCGCUGACAGCCAUCAUCACCUACCAUGACAGGGAAAACAGACCAAGAAACGGUGGCAUCUGUGUGGCCAAUCAUACCUCGCCGAUCGAUGUGAUCAUCUUGGCCAGCGAUGGCUAUUAUGCCAUGGUGGGUCAAGUGCACGGGGGACUCAUGGGUGUGAUUCAGAGAGCCAUGGUGAAGGCCUGCCCACACGUCUGGUUUGAGCGCUCGGAAGUGAAGGAUCGCCACCUGGUGGCUAAGAGACUGACUGAACAUGUGCAAGAUAAAAGCAAGCUGCCUAUCCUCAUCUUCCCAGAAGGAACCUGCAUCAAUAAUACAUCGGUGAUGAUGUUCAAAAAGGGAAGUUUUGAAAUUGGAGCCACAGUUUACCCUGUUGCUAUCAAGUAUGACCCUCAAUUUGGCGAUGCCUUCUGGAACAGCAGCAAAUACGGGAUGGUGACGUACCUGCUGCGAAUGAUGACCAGCUGGGCCAUUGUCUGCAGCGUGUGGUACCUGCCUCCCAUGACUAGAGAGGCAGAUGAAGAUGCCGUCCAGUUUGCGAAUAGGGUGAAAUCUGCCAUUGCCAGGCAGGGAGGACUUGUGGACCUGCUGUGGGAUGGGGGCCUGAAGAGGGAGAAGGUGAAGGACACGUUCAAGGAGGAGCAGCAGAAGCUGUACAGCAAGAUGAUCGUGGGGAACCACAAGGACAGGAGCCGCUCCUGAGCCUGCCUCCAGCUGGCUGGGGCCACCGUGCGGAGUGCCGACGGGCUCAGAGCUGGAGUUGCUGCCGCCGCCCCCACUGCUGUGUCCUUUCCAGACUCCAGGGCUCCCCGGGCUGCUCUGGAUCCCAGGACUCCGGCUUUCGCCGAGCCGCAGCGGGAUCCCUGUGCACCCGGCGCAGCCUGCCCUUGGUGGUCUAAACGGAUGCUGCUGGGUGUCGCGACCCAGGACGAGAUGCCUUGUUUCUUUUACAAUAAGUCGUUGGAGGAAUGCCAUUAAAGUGAACUCCCCACCUUUGCACGCUGUGCGGGCUGAGUGGUUGGGGAGAUGUGGCCAUGGUCUUGUGCUGGAGAUGGCGAGAGAAGAGUCUGCUGUGCAAGCCCGUGUGCCAGGGAUGUGCUGGGGGCGGCCACCUGCUCUCCAGGAAAGGCACAGCUGAGGCACUGUGGCUGGCUUCGGCCUCAACAUCGCCCCCAGCCUUGGAGCUCUGCAGACAUGAUAGGAAGGAAACUGUCAUCUGCAGGGGCUUUCAGCAAAAUGAAGGGUUAGAUUUUUAUGCUGCUGCUGAUGGGGUCACUAAAGGGAGGGGAAGAGGCCAGGUGGGCCGCUGACUGGGCCAUGGGGAGAACGUGUGUUCGUACUCCAGGCUAACCCUGAACUCCCCAUGUGAUGCGCACUUUGUUGAAUGUGUGUCUCGGUUUCCCCAUCUGUAAUAUGAGUCGGGGGGAAUGGUGGUGAUUCCUACCUCACAGGGCUGUUGUGGGGAUUAAAGUGCUGCGGGUGAGUGAAGGACACAUCACGUUCAGUGUUUCAAGUACAGGCCCACAAAACGGGGCAGGGCAGGCCUGAGCUCAGAGCUGCUGCACUGGGCUUUGGAUUUGUUCUUGUGAGUAAAUAAAACUGGCUGGUGAAUGAA